AUGAGAGGCCAUGGGGAACUAAUUAGCUCUAAGUUGGAAGGAAAAACUAUUACAAUUGAGAACCAGUUUAAAAAAUGGAUAAGGAUUGAUGAACUGAUUUAUAUAUUGACUCUCUUCUCCCUGACUCUCUCAAAUUAGCAGAUAUAUGUCAUUAUUGUAAAGAAGAUUGGGAACGAUAAGAAUAAUAAGCAAGAACUCUUAAAAAUAGUCAUACAAGCACCAUUCAGGAAGAUUGUAAAAUUUUGGUGUAAAGUAACUUAAAGACUAAAAACCAAAAAAAUUAAAGUAACUAUUGCUAGAGAUUUAGCUGUGUCUAUAUAAUAAUGGCAGCUGAGAAUGAGGUGA